GUCACUCCAUUUUAAUAAGGAAUUUUUUCUGCCAUUGCAAUAUUUUUUUGCAGGGGGGGUGAAUUCCCACUUCAUUUAAUAUAUUCCCCCCUCUUCCUCAUUGAAAAAUGGCUGAUGCAGUUGUGAGUCUAAUUGCAAUGAAUGGUAAUACUGAAAUGCUUUUUUGGCAUUGCUUUUAAUUUCUUUUUUUAAAGGAUGUUUAAGCAAAGCUGAUCAUCUUGAGCCAGGUUGGGCUUCCAAUUGACGUUCUUUGUCCUCAAGUCGGGAGCAGCGAACCGAGAUGUGCGCCGCCUAGAGAGAGAAAAACAAAAAGCCCCCAAAGGGUCCAGCAGCGAGCAGCACAACAGUGAGCGAACAUGGACCGGAUCGGGGUGUCAUUCCUCGACCCGUUGGACGACUACGAGCUCAUCCACAGGAUCGGAUGCGGCACCUACGGGGACGUCUUCAAGGCUCGGAACAUCCGCACGUCUGAGCUGGCCGCGAUCAAGAUUGUCAAGCUUGACCCAUGCGACGACAUCACAUCCAUCCAGCAGGAGAUCACCAUGAUGAGGGAGUGCAAGCACAAGAACAUUGUGGCCUACUUUGGGAGCUACCACAGGAACACCAAACUGUGGAUCUGCAUGGAAUACUGCGGGGGAGGCUCCCUUCAGGAUAUCUACCAUGUGACAGGCCCAUUAAAGGAGAAACAGAUCGCGUACGUGUGCAGAGAAACCCUCCAGGGUUUAUAUCAUCUGCACGAAACGGGCAAAAUGCAUCGGGACAUCAAGGGCGCAAACAUCCUUUUGACAGAAAGAGGAGACGUCAAAUUGGCGGAUUUCGGCGUAGCGGCGGAGAUCAGCGCCUCCGUGGCCAAACGGAAGUCUUUCAUUGGAACACCCUACUGGAUGGCUCCAGAGGUGGCGGCAGUGGAGAAGAAGGGCGGAUACAACCACCUGUGCGACAUCUGGGCUGUCGGAAUCACAGCCAUUGAGCUCGCGGAGCUCCAGCCCCCCAUGUUCGACCUCCACCCAAUGAGAGCUUUGAUGCUGAUGUCCAAGAGCAGCUUCCAACCCCCAAAACUAAAGGACAAAACUAAAUGGUCUCCAGGCUUCCAAAGCUUCGUCAAAAUGGCGCUCAUCAAAAACCCUCGUAAAAGGCCAUCUGCCGAGACGCUGCUACAGCAUCCAUUUGUGACACAAUUGCUGACCCGCAACCUAGUGAUCGAGCUGCUGGACACCGCAAACAAUCCCGAGCUGCACGGCUCACACGGCAUGGACGACGGCGAGCUGGAGGUUGGGGUUGAGGCGCCGGACAAGAUCCAGUCAGCGGGGAAACACCUGCCUGUCGAGAGAUCCGUGUCUGAAGAACAAUUUGACCAAGUGAAGUUUGGGCCCCCACGGAGGAAAGUCACCGAACCUUAUCCUGAUUUGGUCUCGUACGACGACGACUGGAGCUUGUCUGGAGACGACGACGAGUCGCCGAGCCUGUUGGAAUGUGUGGAGCAAGCUCUGCAGCUGAGGAGUUUAACCAUAAGAAGGGCGCCCUCUACUGAUGGAGUGAGGAAGAGCGGUUUGUUCACCCCGACGACAGCCUCCCUGCCUGCCUUUUGCUCUUUAAGCGUCACCACAGGCGACAGAGAUGUGACACAGAGGCCGAGCUGUACGCUGGGCCCCGACGCUUCCACCGGCGCCGAUACCGCCAACUCUUCCGUUCUGGCCCGGUGCUCAGCCACGCAGGACAUCAGGCAGCGCUGCAGUGACCCGUGUCUGCCGGCGGGCGGGGCUCCGAAAGCCGGCGCUGAAAAAGACACGGCGCUCUCCCCUGAAUGGAGCACGCUGAGAAAAAAACCUGAAGAGUCUAGGGCUGAUUUUCACGGACUUCCUCCCACCCCUCAAGUUCAUAUGGGGGCGUGCUUCUCCAAGGUUUUUAAUGGCUGCCCUCUCAAAAUCCACUGUGCUGUCACCUGGAUUUUCCCCAGCACGAGAGGAGCAGAGGAGGGAAUCUACACACUCAACCUGAAUGAACUUCAUGAAGAUACACUAGAGAAGCUGCUACCCCAGCGAUGCACAUGGCUGUACGUUAUGAGCAACGUGCUGAUGUCCGUGUCAGGAAAAUCCUCGCAGCUGUAUUCGCACAAUCUGACCGCCCUUUUCGAGCAGAAGGGACACUCGCCGAAAAAACACGGCAGCCUGUCACUCGGCACGGGCCGCUUCGCCGAGAAGAUCGGCACCAGGAAGUUUGCCUCGUCUGUGAAGAUCCCAGACACGAAAGGCUGCAGGAGAUGCAGCGUUGCUCGCAACCCGUACACGGAAAGCACUUUUUUAUGCGGAGCGGUUCCGUCGGGCAUAGUUCUGCUCUUGUGGUACGAGCCCCUCCAGAAGUUCAUGCAACUUAAGCACCUCGCGGCGAGGCUACCCGACUCCCUGGCGGUAUUCGAGCUGCUGGUGUUGGUCACCGACGAGUUCCCUCAGCUGUGCGUCGGGGUGAGAGACGGCGCCAGCGGGAACCUCAAGUUUGAUAUCAUUGAGCUCAACGGCACUCCCGUUUCAGAGCCAGAAAACGGGCCUGUCAAAGCAGUACAGGUCACCCAGUUGGACCGAGACACUGUUCUCGUUGCUUUAGAAAAAAGCGUCAAGAUUGUAAACCUCCAGGGCCUUCCAUCCAAGGAGCUCGCUGCAGAAAUGGUGUUCGACUUCCCCAUUGAAACGCUCGUUUGCUUGCAGGACAGCGUGCUGGCUUUCUGGAAGCACGGCCUAAAAGGGAGGAGCUUUCAUUCCAAUGAGGUAACCCAAGAAAUUACAGAUGAGAGUCGAGUAUUCAGAGUUUUGGGAACAAACAGGGACAUCAUUCUUGAGAGCACACCGACCAACGACCCCUCAGCGCUGAGCAACGUCUACAUUCUCACCGGCCACGAAAGCAGCUAUUGAGACUUGUCUGCAGCAAGUAUAAAAUGAGCAUAAAGCAUUAACUACAUAUCAUAGAAAAACAGCAUCAUUUACAUCCAAAAAGUAUUCAUAGGACUUCACUUUUUCCUCAUUUGGUCACUUGACAGCCUUAUUCCAAAAUGGAUUUAAUCUUUUUUUUUUUUUUUUUUUUUAAU